GUCCCAGCAGAAAAACCUUGUGAUCCUUGUUCCAGGCGACAUGGAGGACGACUCACUCUACUUGGGAGGUGAGUGGCAGUUCAACCACUUUUCAAAACUCACAUCUUCUCGGCCAGAUGCAGCUUUUGCUGAAAUCCAGCCGACUUCUCUCCCUGAGAAGUCACCACUCUCAUCUGAGACCCGUGUCGACUUCUGUGAUGAUUUGGCUCCUGUGGCAAGACAGCUUGCUCCCAGGGAGAAGCUUCCUCUGAGUAGCAGGAGACCUGCUGCGGUGGGGGCUGGGCUCCAGAAUAUGGGAAAUACCUGCUACGUGAACGCUUCCCUGCAGUGCCUGACAUACACACCGCCCCUUGCCAACUACAUGCUGUCCCGGGAGCACUCUCAAACGUGUCAUCGUCACAAGUGCUGCAUGCUCUGUACUAUGCAAGCUCACAUCACACGGGCCCUCUACCGUCCUGGCCAUGUCAUCCAGCCCUCACAGGCAUUGGCUGCUGGCUUCCAUAGAGGCAAGCAGGAAGAUGCUCACGAAUUUCUCAUGUUCACUGUGGAUGCCAUGAAAAAGGCAUGCCUUCCCGGGCACAAGCAGGUAGAUCAUCACUCCAAGGACACCACCCUCAUCCACCAAAUAUUUGGAGGGUACUGGAGAUCUCAAAUCAAGUGUCUCCACUGCCACGGCAUUUCAGACACCUUUGACCCUUACCUGGACAUCGCCCUGGAUAUCCAGGCAGCUCAGAGUGUCGAGCAAGCUUUGGAACAGUUGGUGAAGCCCGAAGAACUCAAUGGAGAGAAUGCCUAUCAUUGUGGUCUUUGUCUCCAGAAGGCGCCUGCCUCCAAGACGUUAACUUUACACACUUCUGCCAAGGUCCUCAUCCUUGUAUUGAAGAGAUUCUCCGAUGUCACAGGCAACAAACUUGCCAAGAAUGUGCAAUAUCCUGAGUGCCUUGACAUGCAGCCAUACAUGUCUCAGCAGAACACAGGACCUCUUGUCUAUGUCCUCUAUGCUGUGCUGGUCCACGCUGGGUGGGGUUGUCACAACGGACAUUACUUCUCUUAUGUCAAAGCUCAAGAAGGCCAGUGGUAUAAAAUGGAUGACGCCCAGGUCACUGCCUCUGGCAUCACUUCUGCCCUGAGUCAACAGGCCUAUGUCCUCUUUUACAUCCAGAAGAGUGAAUGGGAAAGACACAGUGAGAGUGUGUCAAGAGGCAGGGAACCAAGAGCCCUUGGCGCUGAAGACACAGACAGGCGAGCAACGCAAGGAGAGCUCAAGAGAGACCACCCCUGCCUCCAGGUACCCGAGUUGGACGAGCACUUGGUGGAAAGAGACACUCAGGAAAGCACCUUAGACCACUGGAAAUUCCUCCAAGAGCAAAACAAAACGAAGCCUGAGUUCAACGUCAGAAAAGUCGAAGGUACCCUGCCUCCCAACGUACUUGUGAUUCAUCAAUCAAAAUACAAGUGUGGGAUGAAAAACCAUCAUCCUCAACAGCAAAGCUCCCUGCUAAACCUCUCUUCCACGAACCCGACAGAUCAGGAGUCCAUGAACACUGGCACACUCGCUUCUCUGCAAGGGAGGACCAGGAGAUCCAAAGGGAAGAACAAACACAGCAAGAGGGCUCUGCUUGUGUGCCAGUGA